ACACGUCACUUGUUGAAGAUUCCUGAGGGGAGAAGUUUUGAGAAGAAUUGUCUUGAUAUUUACAAGUAAUUUCAGACCAGUAGUUUCAGUUCGCACGUUUUUGCAGUUUUAAGUUAAUCAGACAUUACAAUGAGUAAUAUUAUACGUGCAAAAUGUCUUGUCAUUGGUGAUAGCACUGCAGGUAAAACAUCACUGGUGCAGAAAUUUAUAUCAGAGGGUAACCAGUUCCCCAAAAAUUAUAACAUGACUCUUGGUUUGGAUAUAGUAACGAAGAUGAUCAACGUUCCUGACACCAAUUCUAGUGUUGAGCUGUAUCUGUAUGAUUGCUCUGGGAAGGAGUUUUACAGAAAUUUCAUUUUGAGAGUUAGUAGCCAACCCUCACUUCUGAUGCUGGUAUACGAUGUUACUUCAGAAAACUCAUUCAACUGUUUAAUGGACCUUUAUGAACAGAUAAAAUCACAUGCAAAGGGAGAAGAUCUUAAAGGAGUUCUUUUUGCCAAUAAAGCUGACCUCACAACAAGACGGCUCAUUAGUCCUAAAGCAGGAAGAGAACUGGCUCAAAAACUUGGCCUGGUAUACUUUGAAGGAUCAGCGAAAGACCACUCUGGAGUUGAGGACCCAUUCUUCUUCCUAGUUAAUGAAUGGUUCAAGAUUUACACAGAUAAGACACAGGCACUGAAACUCUUAGCUUGAAACAGUAUUCAGUCCUUCAAGAUAUAAGCGUGUGAUUGUUUCGGUACUCUUCAUACAAUUUUAUUAUUUAUUUGAAUCAAUAUAUUAGGUAAUCUUUCAAACUUAUUUCAUUAGUAUCGUACUCUAUUUGAGUAAAUCUAACAGACAUUCCUCCCCAACAAAAGUGUAAUUAGGUCCUUGAAUGCCUUGAAUUCUAGCAUUUUUUCGCCUCUUUGUGGAUGUAUGUCCGUUCAGGCAUGCGCCUCCAUAAUAAUCCAGUUUCAUCCACAUUGAAUAUUUGCUCAGGCAAAUAAUUU